UCCCCAAAACCAUUCCAGUGCACACACCCCAAAACACAGGAAAAAGCUGAAACUCUCCCCAAAAGUCCCACAGUUUUCUGUGGUUUUGGCAUUCUUCUGUAUUAUUGCUAUUACCUGUGAAGUGGUGGCAGCCAGAGCAGUGGGGUGGGUGCUGCCUGCCUCUGAAAAUGCUAUUUCAAGGCUGCAGUUGCUUCGUACAAACCAUAGAAAAACUGGGAAAUGGCUUCCACCUCCCUGCAACAGCCUGCUCAGGUUUGCAACCCUAAAAUAAUGGUUUAAAAUUGGGACCAAACGCUGUCAGUUUACCCCUCUCCCCUCCCAAGGCAGCCAAAGCCUCUAUGAGGGUCCCUGAAAGUAGUGGGGCACCCCGCUGCACCCAUCAGAUGGUAAAAAUGGGGGGGGGGGGGGGGGGGGGGGGGAAAAAGCAGAAAUUAGGGUUUGAGCUGAAGGAGGUGAACUCCUGAACAGCCUGAACCCUCACUGCAGGGCUGAAAUCUUGCUGGCACCUCGCAGCACUCCCCCAAAAAAUCAAUCCCCAAAAUCCCUGCCUCUCCCUUCUCCCCUGGCAACUCAGCUGGGCUUAAAAGCAACAGGUUAAAAGCCAAAAGCUCAAUUUGUGAGGGGAGAAAUGGGGAUUCUGGAGCAAAGAAUGAAAUGAAACUGGCAGAUCUGCAGAUCUCUUGUGCAACGCUCAGCAUCUUCAUCUCCCUGCCUGAGCACGAAGCGUGCGUCCGGGGCGACGUGCAGGGAGGUGGAGCAGCCCCCCCAGCCCCCCCCGGAUCUCCACGUCCCCGCAGCCGUUGUUCCCGCAGCUAAAGGCAGGCGGCAGCUCCCGGAGCUGGGCGAUUCUUCUCGGUCAAAGCAUCUCCCGAAUCCUCCUCCUCCUCCUCCUCCUCCGGGGGUUGACAGCGGCGGGGGAUACAGCGCUGAACUCCAGGGUAGGGGCAUAUCCCCCCACCACCACCACCCUGGGUGGGUGGGGGGUGUGGGGAUAACCUCCCCCGAAACCCACCCACCCCCCCCACAAACACACCCCCCAUCCAGCUUGUUUUUGGGGUGGUUUGGGUGGGGGUUUCUUCUGCAAAAGGGUUUGUGGUGGGGGGGGGGGGUAAAGAAGCGGGGGGGUGGAGAUGCUGCCCUGGCGCCGGAGCAAGUUUGUGCUGGUGGAAAACGAUCGUAAGUGUAAAGGGAAGAGCUUGGGGCCGGGCUUGAGCUACGCGGCUCUGCUGGCCGGUUUCCUCCGCUCCUGCCCGGAUCUCUUGCCCGACUGCCCGCUGGAAAGGUUGGGCAGCGUCUUCCGAGGGAAAAGGCAGAAAGUGGAGCUGAACAAGGAGGACCCGACUUACACGGUGAGGUACCUGGGCAACGCCGUCACCUUGCACGCCAAAGGCGAGGGCUGCACGGAAGAGGCGGUAAGCAAGAUUUGGGCUAAAAGCGACGGCGGGGCCGGCGGGGCCAAGAUGAAGCUGACGUUGGGACCCCAAGGGAUCCGGAUGACCCCUUGCGAGAAAGGGACCCGCCGGCCGGGCCACGCGUACCUCCUGCACCGCAUCACUUACUGCGCAGCCGACCGCCGGCACCCGAAAAUCUUCGCCUGGGUUUAUCGGCACCAGGUGAAGAACAAGGCGGUGGUGCUGCGCUGCCACGCCGUCCUGCUCCCCAAAGCCGACAAAGCCCGAGCCAUGGCCCUGCUCCUCUACCAGACCUCCUCUGCAGCCUUCAGCGAGUUCAAGAGGCUCAAGAGGCAGAAUGAUUUCCGACACGUCCAGCAGCAGCUCCUGGGGGAGUCCAUCGUCCCCUUGGCUCCCCUCCGCCGCCUGCUCAACGCCAAAUGUCCCUACCGCCCACCCGCCGAGAGGACCCGCUCUGCCCCCCGCCUCAGCUCCAUCCUGGAGGAGGAGGAGGAGGAGGUGGCAGCCUUCAGCCCCGGGACACCCCAUGGGGAGGGUGGCCCCGCCGUGCUGCGGCUGGCCAGGGAGAUGGGGGGGUGCAGCCUGCGCGGCCCCCGACCCCCGGCCUGCUGAGCAGCGGGGUCACCCUGUUUUGGGGGGGGGGAGUGGGGGGUGGCCCUCCUGACACCCCAAGGCCAAGUCGGACCCUCCUCGGGGACAAACCCGGACAAAGUGGUGGCUUUGGUUUUUUUGCCAGGAGCACCCACCCCUCCCUCGCCACACGAGCCUCCUCUCCUGCUUCCUCUGCGGCAGCCCUAAUAAAUGGAAUCGAUUUCUGGU